AUGGCGACCGCUGCGAUCCAAAACGUUUCUGAUGAGACCCUGCCCAAAGACCCCGUCUCCGUCGAGCCGAUCGCAACCCCACUCGUCGGCGCGAAGUCCACGAAUGGCGACGCCGCCGCCGAGACUGAGGCACCGAUGAGCGCUGCCCAAAAGAAGAAGGCUAAGAAGAAUGCCAAAAAGAAGGAGAAGAAGCAGGCUGCGAAGGUGGAGGAACCUGGCACUGAGUCUACCGAUGCCGAUGCCGAUGCCUUAUCUUCGCAAGAAGCUGAGCCGACUGAGACGGCACCGAAGACUGAGGAGGCGAAGGAGCCCGAGCCUGUUGCAGAGGCUGAAAAGCCCGCCGCAGAGGCUGUUCCCACAGAACAGCCCGAGCAAACCACCGAGGAGCCAACAUCUACCGAGGGCCCCGAGUCAGCGCCCGUCACAGAGGCAACCUCUACAGAGAUUCCCACUAAGGCCGAGGAGGCCGAACCUGUGGUGGAGGAGCCUACUGCUGAGGAGGCUGUGAAGGUAUCCGAGCCCGCCGAAAUUGCUCAAGAGCCUGUGACCGAAGAGCCCGCCACCGAGACUAAGGCCGAGGCUGUUCCGGAAGCGUCCGAAAAGCUCACAGAGGAACCCGCCACAGAGACUGCAAUCGAAGCAUCUGAGCUCAAGGAAUCGACACCGGAGGUCACCAAGGAUGCGCCGGUUGAAGAGACUCCCGCUGAAGAACCUCUCAAGGGGUCUGCUGCCGACAAAUUCACCGUGGAGACCGUCUCUGAGAUGAAGGAAGACCCUCCUGCUGAGGUUUCUGCUGUUGAGGAGCCCCAAGUUUCCAAGGAGACUGCCGAGGAAAAGCCGGUUGAAGAGUCCACUGUGAAGGAGGCCGCUACCGAGGGGGCAGCGCCCGAGCCUGUCCGGGACACGACUACCGCCGCCCCCGUUGAGGAGCAGGUUGAGACAGCCGAGAGGGUUGAAGAGCCCGCUCCUGUUGAGGCCGAGAAGGAUGUCGUAGCUGAACCUACGACCGAGACUACGGCCACAGAGGAGCCUGCUGCUGAGCAAACGACCGAACGGGAGACCGUAGCCAAGGAGCCCGAAGAGGCAGCUCCCGCUCUUGAAGCCGAGACUUCCAAGGUUGAAGAGGGCACAGAAACCGUUUCCGAGCCCGUCGAGCCUCUCGUCACCGAGGAAGCCACCGUUGUGGAGCCCACUCAGGAGAAGGCUGCUGAGGACGUUUCCGAAACCCCCAGGACCGAAGAACCCAAGGUUGCAGAGUCUCAGGCUGAGGUGACCGAGCAAACAACCCAGGAAUCUACCGUGGAAGAAGAGGCAUCUGCUGAAACCCCAGCUCAGGCUGUUACCAACCCCGUUGAGCAGUCGAACGAGGCUGCUGUUUUGGAAGCACCGGCUGAGGAAUCUACUAAGGAGGCUGUCCCUGAAGUCCCCGUCGAGGUUGUUGCCGAGACCGAGACUAAGGAGGCCGCGGAAGAGCCUGUUGCUGAGCCCGUUGCUGAGCCUGUUACUGAGCCCGGUACUGAGCCCGUCGCUGAGCCUGUUACUGAGCCCGUCUCUGAGCCUGUUACUGAGUCCGUCGCUGAGCCUGUUACUGAGCCCGUCGCUGAGCCUGUUACUGAGCCCGUCGCUGAGCCCGUCGCUGAGCCCACUACCCAAGAAGCCCCUGUCGUAGUUCAGGAAACCUCUAUCCAGGAGCCCAAGGUCCCUGUGGCAGAGGAAGAGAAGAUCGAGGAGUCUAUCGCCGAACCCAAGACUUCCACCGCUGUCGAGGCCACCCCUGCACGGGAGGAGACCGAGGUUGUCGAAGAGCCUGCUGCUGAGACUGCCCCCAUUGAAGAGGCUAAGGAGGAACCGGCAGUUGUGGAGGAAUCUGUGGUUGAGACUCCCGCGGCUGAAGAGAUGGAGACUCUCAACGCUCCUGAUGUGAUGGAAUCUGUCAACGAAGAAAAGGCUGCUGAGGAGCCCGUUGUUGAAGAGAAGACUGAGGAGCCUGUUAUGUCUGGUGCUCCGGUUGAGGUCGAGGUACCUAAGGAGGCCUCUGAGACACCCGCCGUCGAGGAACCUACUCAAGAAGAUGGUCCCGACACUCAGGUCGAAGAGCCUGCUGAGACCACUGCUCCUCAGCAGGAAACUCCCAAGGAAGAAACCUCCGAGGCGCCUACCGAGACCGAGCCAAUUACCGAUGCUCCCGUUGCUGAUGCUCCCGUUGCUGAUGCUCCCGUUGCUGAUGCUCCCGUUGCCACUGAAUCUACAACUGAUGAAGAGAUUGCUCCUCAGGAGGCUGCUACUCAGGAGCCCAUCGCUGAGGCUGUUCCCCAUGAGGCUGAGCCUACUGCUGAGCCUGCUCCCACUGAGGAUAUUAUUGCUCAGGGGACUGUGAAGACCGAGGCUGAAGUAGAGGUCCCCGCGGCCACUGAUGCUACCGAAACUUCGCAGGAGCCUGUCGCAGAGGAUCCCGUCGUGGAAGAGCCUGUUACCGAGGAACCUGUCAAGAAGGCUACUGAGGAGACUCUCGCUUCUGCUGCCACCGAGGAAGUUGUCGUUGCAAUGGAGCCCACCACGGCCACUGAGGAACAGCCCACCACUGAAGCUUUAGAGCCCGAGACCACCUCCGCUGCUGAGCCUACUGUGCCAGUGGAGGAGGCUGAGACUCCUGCUCAGCCCGAGGAGCCUAUUCAUACCGAAGAGGCCCCUGUCACAAACGAAGAAGAGCCUGUUGUUGAGGCCCCUGUGGCUGAACAGCAGCCCGAGAAGCAGGAACCCGUUGCUGUGGCCGAAGAGACACCCGCUGCGCUUGCUGAGCCUCAGGCUCCUAUCGAAGAAGUCUCUGCUCCCAGAGAGGUGAUGGAUGCUCCUCGUCAAGAGACCCAGGAAGAAUCUGCACAGGACAGUGUUCUGACACCUAAGGUGAUUGCCGCUGGAGCUGCCGCUGCCACAGCCGGCGUUGCUGCUGCAGGUGUGGCUUCUGCGCUGCACAAGGAGCCUGAGUCUACUCCGGCUCCUAAAGCUGCGCAGGAGUCGACCGCCAUGGGCACCAAGAAUGAACCCGCGGAAGCCAAGGAAGAGACCAAGGCUCUGGCAGAUCCGCAGCCCGAUAACAGUAAGCUGCAGCCCUACUCUGUUUCGACCAACAACGUGUCGGUGCCGUCUUUCGAAGCUGAUUCGCUUCUUGCAGCCCUCGCUGGUGAUCGUGAAGCUCUUCUCACCAGGCUGAACCAGCCUUCCACCGAUCAGCUGGCUACCAUGGCCACUGAACAAUCCCUGCCCCCCGCUGCCACGAAGCAGCCCCAGGUUGAACCCGAAGAGUCAGCCCAGAAGACCACUGAGGCUCCUGCCCAGCCCGCGCAGGAAGGCGCACCUGCUAAUGCUAAUGAAGAGGAUGCUCGUCCAGUGAGCCAGAACCGGUCAGUGGCUGCUGUUUCUCUGAAUAGUGCACCAGACAGCUGGCUCAAGGCGUUCCUGCGCACUGUCUUUGUCGGAUUCUUUGGAACUAUCUUUGCCCCCUUCCGCCGCCGUGGAAAGGACCGCAAGUAA